UGUUAUUCAGUCAUUUCCCAAAAGCAGGUGGGUCGGAAAUAAGGCAUAUAUUAACAACAGUAGUUGGAGAGAGUAUAAAUGUCGACCAAAACAGGGGAAUGUACAAAAAUAACAGUACAAUUCUUGAGGAUAACUACUUUCUUCAAACAGAAUUUGUAUCACUGGAGCCAUAUCAAAAAUCAAAUUUUUUCGUCAUUGCGCAUGUACGUUCACCGUGUAAUUAUCUACUGUCAUUAUGGGCAUUUGGCUCGGACGGAAAAGGCGCGCUUUGCCAUUCGACAAAGGAUGAAAGUGUGUAUGGGAAUACGCCUCCGUAUAAUAACAAAGAUGACCUACAGAGAUUCACUAUGUGGCUUCAAGACAAUAAAAAGAUAUAUACAAAUAGACUUGUUCACAAGUAUUUCAACAAUAACAUAUGGAAAACAGACCCAACUUUGGGCAAUGCGGACUGUUGGAUUCACACCGAAAUGUUAAUUUACGACUUGGUGAAUUGCUUGAAACGAUAUGAAGAACAAGGGGGAAAAGUAAAAUGGGAGAAAUUUCAUAAGAUAAAGGUGAAUGAGAAUCCAAGCACACAUUCCAAUUGUGAGGAUUAUUUCGGCGAUGGCAGAAAAGCAUUGGUGAUGAAUUCCAAUAAAGAUAUGGCAAAAUUAUUUGGAUACGAGACCUGUUGCACGGAAAACAAUAAAACGUUACCAGAAGAAUUUAAAAAGUUCUGGAUCAAUUAAGCUACAUUCGAUAGCCUAUCAUGUUAUGAAAGAAAGGCUUCGAACGUUUUCAUAUAUGGGACAAUUUACGACAAUUGAUAUUUUAGAAUUCUGUUGUUGUACUAGAGACUGCGACAUAUGUUGAUUUCAUUUACAUGCAAUGUGUUAUUUUUUGUUGACAAGACUUUAAGCAAUCAUUGCCACAGGGUACCUAUUUGGAAUAUUGCUUAUCUUUUUAAAAAAUAUCACUUUAAUGAUGGAGUUUUAGACAGUUAAGGAAUAUUUUAUAUAUAUGUGCUACCAACUGUUGGAAGAUGGAUGUUUGAUAUGCCUCAGUCGCAUAAUAGAGUAUGACUAUAUGUA